GAGCGCACACAAACCUUCUGAGCGCACACAAACCUUCUGAGCGCACAGAAACCUCCUGAGCGCACACAAACCUUCUGAGCGCACACAAACCUUCUGAGCGCACACAAACCUUCCGAGCGCACACAAACCUUCUGGACUCCAUGGAUCAGCGCAGCCUGCAGCAGUGCUGAGCAGCAGCAGCAUCUCCAAACCAGCAGCUCUCCAUCUUCGGCCAUGGCGCUCCUCUAGAGGAGGAGGUUUGUUUUCCAGAGAAGGAGAGAAGAGCUGCUCCCUGUCCUCCUGCCGCCUCCUCUCCCUCAGAGAUGAUGUUCUCCUCUGCAGGGAAGCGCUGCUUCACGAUAGAGUCUCUGGUGGCCAAAGAGAACCCGCUGAGCGAGGAGCCGAUCCGCCCGACGGCGCUAAGUUACUCCAACCCGACCACAGACGCCUUAAUGAACAGCUACCAGGCCCCGCCGACCCGGUCCCUCUAUCAGACCCCGGACCUGGUGUUCCCGGACACGGUGAGCCACCCCUCCCUCACCGUGGCUCCGCACCAGCUCGGGGGCUCCCACCUACAGCACCCGCACUUCUUCGGGACGCAGCACCGAGACCCGCUCAACUUUUACCCCUGGGUGCUGCGGAACCGGUUCUUUGGACACAGAUUCCAAGGUAACGACGUGUCCCAGGACAGCCUGCUCCUCCACGGUCCUUUCGCCAGGAAGCCGAAGCGCAUCCGGACGGCCUUCUCCCCGUCGCAGCUGCUGCGCCUGGAGCGAGCCUUCGAGAAGAACCACUACGUGGUGGGAGCCGAGCGCAAGCAGCUGGCCAACAGCCUGAGUCUGUCCGAAACACAGGUGAAGGUGUGGUUCCAGAACAGGCGGACCAAGUACAAGCGGCAGAAGCUGGAGGAGGAGGGCCCGGACAGCCAGCAGAAGAAGAAGGGGAACCACCACAUCAACAGAUGGCGCCUGGCCACCAAGCAGGCCAGCUCCGAGGACAUCGACGUCACCUCAGAGGACUAAAACACUGAGCUGCCUGCUCGACGCUCCAGAGGACCAACACUAUUUAUUAUGUAACAUUAUGAAGUAUAAUUAGACACAUUAGAGACAGACAUGAACAUGUGAUGAGCAGCUCUGUGCUCUGACGUCUGCACAGAUCAUCUUUGGUGUUUGACGACCAAAGAAGAAGAAACAGCGUCCACCUCGCCCGUAGUGUUUGUGUUUUUUUAAAUUGUACAUAGGCGGCUCAGAAGAGGCCAUUUUGUUUCAUUAAAGCUGUUUUUACCACCUGCUUAGGUCAUUAACACCUCACUGCUCACCCCGCCCACCGCACCACCUGUGAGCCACGGUAAUUUAAAUUUCUCCUCCAUGGCGAGAACACGCGGCACACUUUCAAUCCGCCCGGCGACAGAACAGGCCACACGAGAACAAAGCAGGAAGUGAAGCAGGCGUCAGAAGAAGCUCCACGUUGGACUCAUGGCGAGCUGAGCUCAGAGCUCGCAGCUUUGUGAUGCACGGAGCACAUCUGCAUUUGUUGAACAUCUGCUGUGUCAUUGAGCGCCGUGUGUCGUAUGAAACAUGUAAUUACACAAAAGAUGUUUUAGAAAUAAAAACAAAAACGUUUCUCUGAUUGUGAUUCAGACGCUCGCUGUUCACGGGUCACGUCUGCAGGUUCUUUGAGCAGCAGCAGGUUCCACUCAUUAGUUUCCUUCCUCUCCGGGCUGAAGGUUCAUGUGUAAAUCAGUGCGAGACAUGCCGCUGCCGUGUUUGAUUGGAAUGAAAAACCUGCCGACAUUCACGGCGUCCGCGGCGUCCGAGGCGGGAACAGUCCAACCAAAGACGGAUUUCCCAUUUUCAGGUUGUUUCAUGUUUGGGGGGGCGCUCACUUCCCUCCGAUUGAGACUCAGGCAGCUGGAAUGUUGCAGGACAGUAGCACAGGUGUCAGGUGUGUUACCUAUCGGCCGGUAUUUCCUCCAAAUUCCAGCAGAAAUAAUUCCCAUCCAGAGGGUGAAACAAGAGGGAAAGUGGUGACUAUUGUGUGGCAGCACUUUGAGCAGAUCGCCUCAGUAAUCACCUGUCAAAAGAAACGGAAGGAAUCUCCUCCUAAUGACCCCGAGGCUUCAGAGCUGAGCCUGACGUCUGACCCCGUCCUCUUUGUUUUGUAAGCCAAGAAACCAGAGAGACGGCGAGGAGCAGAGGAGGGUGGAGGGCGGGUGGAGGGAGGGUGGAGGGAGGCGGGAAAGUGAAAUACUGCAGAGUUUUUACAAAAGAUGCAGAAAGGGGCCACAUGGCUUGUUUUGAGUUUCCACGACAUCCUAUCCUCAGUGCAGGUGCAAACACACGUCAGAGGACUCGCAGCCAAAUAAACAGCAGAACCAGAGCUCGCCACGACGAGCUCGCCACCACCCGCCUGUGGUCAGAGGACGACUAACGAGAGCUGCACCUCCUCCAUCGUCUGCGAGGAAAACAAUUAAGAGAAAUCUCCCUCAACGCUGCGUCUCCUGACGCCUGAGUCAGCAGAGAGCAGGAAUCCACCGAGAACAGGAGGCUCCAGAGGAGGAGGUGGGGGAAGGAGGCGCCGGGCUCCUCCUGCUGCUGCUGCAGAGGCGACUGCUUGAUUACAUGUUGUCUCACCUCGCGCUGCAAAGCGCACGUGUGUUAUUGUCGUUAGUUAUGAAGGUGCAUGUUUAGCCAGAAAUCAUGCGGCGUGCUCACAGUUUGUCACAUCGCAUCAGAUUCAGUCAAAUCACAGAAACAGAAAGAUUCAUGUUUGACACUGAGGCGACUUCCCACGGCUACAGAUCAUUUAUCAUCUUCACCAAGACAUGAAGUCAGAGCUCGUUUUUAAAAGUGUGACUGAAUAAAAACCGAACGUUAGAAUAUUUAUUACAAGUUUCAGCCAUCAGGUCACGUUUCUGUGAAAUUCAACCAAAUGUGAAAAAAAUAAAAUUUUCUUUAUUUGUUUGUGUUCAAUGAACGAGCUUCUGUUUGUGUUUGUCGUGCACCACCAGCCUCCACCCAGCAUCCACCCAGCAUCCGCCCGUCCUGCAUGCGGCGUCUUGUCGGAUUACGCCGCAUCGCAGCCGACCGUGCCGAGCUGCGUUCCCUCGGCAACCGUGCAAACACGCUGAUCGCACAGAUCGUGACAAAAGAUAACAGAACGUUUAUAUAAAGACAGGAAGAUCACACCGACACCA